AUGCGAGUGACAAACAUACGGGGUGGGCGGAUCUUCCGCAUCGCGGUCAGCCUCGCGAUCGUGCUAAUGAUACUGUACAUGAUAGCGACCUGGUCCGGUGUCGAUCAGCGCACGGUAAAGGACGUGUACAAUGCCCGGUUCGCGGCAAUGCGCGGCGAUGGGAAUGGUGGUGGUGGUGAGGUAGCGGCUGGCGCCGACCGUAGCCAUCCGAAGGAGGUACCACAGCUGGUGGAAGGUAUGGGCAACUUUGAACCGGCCGAUAAACCACUUCCGGACGGUCCGGGCGAGGGCGGCAAGGCGUACGUGCUGCCGGAAGAUCAACAGAAUCGGGCAACCGAUGCGGAGAUGGAGUACGGCAUGAAUAUAGUCGUGUCGGAUGCAAUCUCGCUCGAUCGCACGAUAAAGGACACCCGGCUGGAGGAGUGCCAGCACUGGGACUAUCCGUACAAUCUGCCCCGUACGAGCGUAAUCAUAGUUUUCCACAACGAAGGCUUUAGUGUGCUGAUGCGCACGGUCCAUUCGGUGCUGAACCGGUCGCCGAAGCAUCUGCUGCACGAGAUCAUCCUCGUGGACGACUAUUCGGACAAGGAAGACUUGAAGGGCAAGCUGGAACGGUACAUCGAACGGUUCGAUGGUAUGGUGCGGUUGAUACGGAACAGCGAACGGGAAGGUUUGAUACGGACGCGUUCCCGUGGCGCGAAGGAGGCGACCGGUGAGGUGAUCGUCUAUCUGGACGCACACUGUGAGGUGAACAAAAACUGGCUGCCACCGUUGCUGGCACCGAUCCAUCGUGACCGGACGGUCAUGACGGUACCGAUUAUCGAUGGUAUCGAUCACAAAACGUUCGAGUAUCGGCCGGUGUACGCGGACGGUCACCAUUAUCGGGGGAUUUUCGAGUGGGGCAUGCUGUACAAAGAGAACGAGGUACCCCGGAGGGAGCAGAAACGGCGCAAACACGACAGCGAACCGUACCGGAGUCCAACGCACGCUGGCGGACUGUUUGCCAUCAAUCGGAAAUUUUUCCUCGAGCUGGGCGCGUACGAUUCCGGGUUGCUCGUGUGGGGCGGUGAGAAUUUCGAGCUAAGCUUUAAGAUAUGGCAGUGUGGCGGCAGUAUUGAGUGGGUACCGUGCUCCCGGGUCGGUCACGUGUACCGUGGUUUUAUGCCGUACAACUUCGGCAAGCUGGCCAGCAAAAAGAAGGGCCCACUGAUUACGAUCAACUACAAGCGGGUGAUCGAAACGUGGUUCGAUGGACCGUACAAGGAGUACUUUUAUACGCGCGAACCACUGGCCCGGUUUCUCGAUAUGGGCGACAUUAGCGAGCAGCUAGCGCUGAAGGAACGGCUCCAGUGCAAAAGCUUCCAGUGGUACAUGGACAACGUGGCGUACGAUGUGCUGGACAAGUACCCGAUGCUGCCGGCCAACGUGAAAUGGGGCGAGCUGCAUAACGUCGGCAAGGAUAUGUGUGUGGAUGCGCUCGGGCGGCAACCGCCGGCCGUUAUAGGGCUACAGCCGUGCCAUGGCCAGGGUCACAAUCAGCUGAUCCGGCUGAAUGGGGCCGGCCAGCUAGGCGUUGGCGAACGGUGCAUCGAGGCGUACAAUGCGGAGAUUAAGCUUGCGUUCUGCCGGCUCGGCACGGUCGACGGACCGUGGCAGUAUGAUGAACAUUCCGGCACGCUGCUGCACCGCACGCACAAGAAAUGUAUGGGUUAUCAGCCGCAAAACCGCCAGCUAGCGCUAAUGCCGUGCGACAUGAACAACGCGUACCAGUCGUGGAAGUUCCAGGAAAUUCAACCACACUGGUAA